GCUUCACUUCAGUUUCAUUCAUCAAAGCGGUCGGUUCAACAACAGAACCGCUAGCCAAGAAAAAGAAGAUGCUACGCGCCUUUAUCGCCAAGAAUAACCGCUAACGCGAAUCUUUCAACCAUAAGCAUCGUCGUCAACCUGCUACGCGAGCCAAGUUCAAGUUGAACCUCAGGUGGUGAUUCUCAAGUGACCUAAUUUUCUGAUUCACGACUCCCCGUCAAAAUAUAUCUUUCUCGUGAAUGACCCUGUGAUUACGAGGGAUAGUAUCUUGUUGAGUUUGCGUGAUAGUGUCUUGUGAAUUUUUGUUAUCAAUGGGAGCAAUCGCGGUUUAUAUCUUUUAGUGAGUCGUUAGUGUUGUGAAUGAAUUGAUACGAUAGUGCCUUCUAGUAUUGUGCAAAAGGAUAAGAGUCACACGAUCCCAGAGAGAAAAGAUACAAACCCGACUGGUUGAUUGGGGAUAACACCAAUUUUUUUUUUGUGCAUCAUCUUUUUUAAACUCCGCCUCAACAGGAAACAGGAUUUCUAUACCAGGCACAGAUAUCUUUCAUGUUCAGAUAGUGUUUGAUGUGCAAUAAAACAGCAAAUAAUCUAAAUCAAGAUGAAGCUUCGCCAAAUAUGCCUUUUGGUUAUGUUUCAUCAAUUGUUGUGUCACGGUAGCUGGGCGCUUAGACCUCCUCCAUCAAACUCAAUUCCUCUAGAAAACACCGAUGAGGACCACUCAACAGCCUCUCAACCAUCUGCAACAAUAUCGCCCACUUUCAACCCAGCUAAUAAAAUUCUUUCAGUUGAAACGAAUUGCACUCGAGAUUUAUUCGAGAUACGGAUUGAUUUGGGUAAAAAAUUUCGCGGUAUUUUAUUCGCUAAAGAUUUCGUUGAAGAGUGUCGGACCCGCGGCAAUCAGGCAAAUCAUGUAACCUUAAGAAUUCCGACGUCAGGGUGUGGAGUCAGGUCUGAGAUGGGAGCUGAUGGUGGCUUAGAACUUUCGGUGAAAGUGAUGCUUCAGAUGGAUGGAAAGUUGAGACAACGAUCAGAUAUUGAAAAAGUGGUUAAAUGUAAAUUACCAGCUAAUAUGAUGAUGGUGGAUGUAAUGGACAGUGGAGAUGCGAAAAAAAGUACAAGAAAUGGAAGAAUGCGCUUCGAUAGUGCAACACAUGCUAAUCCAUCACCACCACGUGUUCGAGUAUGGUUAGAAUUAGGUGGAUCAGAUGGAGGAGGAUCAGUUGAGGUCGGUGAGGCGACAACAUUAUCCGUUCGGGCAGUGGUGCCACGAUUCAUAGGAAUUCGCGUAAUAGAUUGUGCAGCCCUCGACGGUCUAGGCGAGACAUCUCAGAAACUUUUGGAUGAGCGAGGAUGCCCAAUCGAUGAACAAGUAAUGCCAGCUUUACAUGCUCGCUAUCGUCCGGCUGAAGAUGGCUGGUCAAGACCUCAUGAUGAAGACUUGAUCGAACAACUAUUCACAGCCACCUUUCCUGCCUUCAAAUUUCCAGAUCGUGAACGAUUGCACGUGAGCUGUGGAGUUCAAUUGUGCAAAGGAAAGUGUCCACAGGUGAACUGCCAGAGUGGUGAGAUAUUCUACUUAAGCUCAGACCGACAGUUAGCGCGCAUUGAGGUGUUCAACUCGUUAGCGGUUACUGCACCUCAGAUUGAAAUCGAUAGGUUGCGAAGCGAUAGGCGAUACAAUAUGACUGUUGAGGAAUACUCGCCAAAAGUCACAACACUGCGUUCAGAUGGAACUCUGUGUCUAUCCAUAUCAAAGCUGGCAAUAGCUUUCUGUAUUCUUGGUGUUAUUUUCCUUGUAGCAGUCAUAGUUGCCGUUUGCUGUUUGAUACGAUCGAGAUCCAGGAGAAAUGUGGAACCAUUGCGAGCAUCGAGUACCAGCAUGUUUUCAGCAAGCACCGAUUCGCAGUCGAGAUUCGGAAGCAAACUACUAAUACCAUAUGGUGCUGGAGGAAGUUUACCCUAUGGGCGAGUAUACUGAUCCCUUCCUGCGUUGGUGAUAAUGCAUCCUUGGAAAUAUAAACCAAAUAUUCUCCACUUGGUCGCUUUUCAGACGUUCUCAACGAUAUUCUUGUCAAGACUGAUUUUCUCUAUUAUUAUUCCUUUUCUGUAUUCUGUCGUAUUUAAGAAUCUAUUCUUGUGCUUGCUUGUCUAUCGAGCACUUUUCUGUGACCUAUCCUUGUUUAUGCCGAAUUUCACUACCUCACUUUCGGGUGGUGAUGGUAUUUUUUCUUUGGCCGAGGUGUAUGAUUCGAUUUAUUGGAUAGAAAUAUUUAAAAUAUCGGUGAUGGCUCGAUAAUGGCAUGACACGGUCUUCGUUUUGAAGAUCUGGGUUGUGCUUUUGGGGGUUUUCUAAUAGAUAAAUAUUAUUUAGAUGUUAAUGUGAUACGAAAUGUUAACGUUGUGUGUAUAAAUAUAAUAUUA